UAUUUUGUAAGGGACAGCUUGCUGCCUGAAUUAGCGAUGACGCGGCGCAUGCGCAGUGCGUGAUUUCUACAUGCUGAUCGGGGAUCUGUAUACCGGCGGCGGGGGCGCAAUAUCCGGGUUACUGGUGACAUGAAGAAAGAGGAACAGGAAAUGGGAUUAUCUAGCGAUGAUGUCAGAGUUCUAGAGGAUGAAGUCACUAUAUCUCCGAAAGGCAAGGAGGUGAUGGUCCCCCCCGGUGAGCACCCUUUACAGUACAGAUACACGUUCUGGUAUUCGAGGAGAACGCCCUCUCGCCCCGCCAGCACUCACAACUACGAGCAGAACAUCCGCCAGUUCGGUACCGUGGCCUCGGUGGAGCAGUUCUGGAGGGUUUACAGCCACAUAGUGCGUCCGGGAGACCUUACCGGCUACAGCGAUUUUCACCUCUUCAAGGAGGGCAUCAGACCUCUAUGGGAAGAUGACGCCAAUAAAAACGGGGGAAAGUGGAUAAUCCGCCUGAGGAAGGGCCUGGCGUCUCGCUUCUGGGAGAACAUAAUCCUGGCCAUGCUGGGGGAGCAGUUCAUGGUGGGAGAGGAGAUCUGCGGUGUCGUGGUGUCCAUCCGCUUCCAGGAGGACAUUCUUUCCAUCUGGAACAAGACGGCCAACGACCAGCUGAGCACGGUGCGGAUCCGCGACACGUUACGGAGAGUUUUAAAUCUUCCGCCCAAUACAAUCAUGGAAUACAAAACUCACACGGACAGCCUCAAGGAUAACUCCAGCUUUCGAAAUACUAAGAUCACCACUUGAUUCUCAGCACGGAAGCUUAAGUGUAACCAGAGAGGAGUCUGGGAAGAUCAGGGCAUCGCUUUUUUUUUAUUUUUAAUUUUUUUGAAGAAAAUCUAAUAAAACUGUCCGUUCUCACUUCAUCUCAGGGGAACAUCGCAAACGGGCGCGUUUUUUAUUAUUAUUAUUAUUUUUGUUUGUUUUCUGCCCCUUUACCCAAAGAAGAAGCAUCUUCCAAGCUGUUCUUGGCCCCCAGAAACCUGAUACCCAGUGAAAAAAAACUCUAAAAAGGAAUCUCAUUGUGUCGAGUCCUGCACCGGUACAAGGAGUUCGAGAGGACUCUUCCUUGAACACAGCGUGCCUUUGUGAGAGGAAUGAAUGGAAUUACGAUUCUUUUUUUCUUUUAUUGUUAAUAUAAAUAAAUGAUGUUUUGACAAGA